AUGGAUGUUGGGGUCAGGCAGCUGGCAGUGAUGGCCCUGCUGGCUCUGGCUGACGCUCGCCUGCCCAAGCCAGCGCGGGCCCCUCUGGUGCUGCACAAACCUUUCGUGGUGGUUUGGAACGCGCCCACCGAGCAGUGCAGGCUGCGCUACAAGGUGGACCUGGAUCUYGGUGUUUUCGACAUUGCAGCCAACAUCAAUGAGACCUUGAGUGGGUCCAAUGUGACAAUCUUCUACCACACUCAUUUGGGAUACUAUCCCUACUAUUCAGAUAACGGGGAUCCCGUUAAUGGAGGAGUGCCCCAGAAUGAAAGCCUUAUCAAGCACCUUAGCAAAGCCAAGUCUGACAUUGACUACUGCAUACCCAUGAAGAAAUUUCAGGGACUUGCAGUCAUUGACUGGGAGAACUGGAGGCCCCAGUGGGAUAGGAACUGGGGCAAUAAAAGCAUUUAUAGAAAUAAAUCUCUUGAGAUUGUUAGGAGACGGCAUCCUCGGUGGUCAGAGGACAAAAUUAGGAAAGCRGCUAAAGAGGAAUUUGAAAAUGCUGGCAGGAGUUUCAUGAAUAACACCAUYCUUCUGGCUGAGCAUAUGAGACCAAACGGUUUGUGGGGUUACUAUCUCUACCCAGACUGCUACAAUUAYGAUUACAAAGAACACCCCCAGACAUACACAGGGAAAUGCCCACCCAUUGAGUCUUUCCGCAAUGACCUCCUGCUCUGGCUGUGGAAGGAAAGCACCGCUCUCUACCCUUCUAUAUACCUGGAUUAUGUACUGAAGUCAAGYACAAAUGCACUAAAAUUUGUUCACUAUCGGGUUAAAGAGGCAAUACGUGUUGCCUCCAUUGCUAGAAAAGACUAUGUUUUGCCUGUGUUUGUUUACUCCAGACCAUUUUAUGCCUAUACGUUUCAUGUUUUAACAGAGAGGGAUCUGGUCAACACCAUCGGGGAAAGCGCAGCUUUGGGAGCAGCAGGAGUUGUUCUCUGGGGCAGUAUGCAAUAUGCCAGCUCUAAGGAGAGCUGCUUAACUGUGAAACGCUACAUUGAUGGACCUUUAGGACAUUAUGUCAUUAAUGUGACCUCAGCAGCCAAACUCUGUAGCAAAGUCCUGUGCAAGAAGAAUGGAAGAUGUAUCCGCAAAAACAGCGACUCCUCUGCUUACCUUCACUUGUCACCCACUGAUUUUAAAAUCCACAACCGUCACUCAGAGAGGGGCCCCAGGUUCCAGGUGACAGGUAAACCCAGCCUGGAGAGCAUUGAAGCCAUGAAGCAGAGAUUCAUUUGUCAGUGUUACCAGGGUUGGACAGGGAUAUUUUGUGAAUUGCCUGACCAAAGGCUAUUGGAGCACUGGGUUCAUGUGGUGUUUAGUAGAUCAAGAAAACAAAACCUUUUCAUUUUCCUCUUAGGAGCCAUGCAGGUUCUUCUGCUUUGUUCUGCACACUAA